GUCCAGGGUUACGCGGGUGUCAUUUUCUGUGAUUUACCGUCGAAGAACGUAAGUGAUCCCCUUGCUAGCAAGGUUCCGGUGACCCACGUGCAGAACGCUCUCGGAAAACCCUUAUCGAUGGCCAGCGAUGCAUGCUCCUCAAACACGAGACGAGGAAUAGGGGGAGCCGGCGGACAACGGGAACUAAGAGCUGGAAAUGCAACCUCAAGUUCGCUCCAACCUCAGGAUGUAAUAGAUGGUGUGGCCCCAAAAUGCUUCUGCGAAAAAUAUGCCAUCAGUUACAUGUCGAAGACAGACACCAACCCAAAUAGGUUAUUUUUUGGAUGCCCAUUAUUAAAGGUGACAGAAGCACAUUGCAAGUUCUUUCUCUGGGUUGAUGACCACAUUGUUAGGGUCAGAGCGGGGGAGGCUACAAGGGGAUCGGGUGACGGGAAGCAGAGUGAUGUUGGAAAAUACUUGGGAAUGGAUAACUUGAUAGACCAUGUAGAGGAAAGAAUAGCAAAACUGGAGAAGCUGCUGAACAAGAAAAGUAGAGAAGCAGAGUUGAGGAAAAAGGGUAGAGAAGCAGCUGCAAGAGACAUGGAUGCUUCAUCAAGAACGUCUACUGAUUAG